AUGAGUGAAGAUUCUUCCGAAUUAUCUGAUUCCUCUUCUUGCUCGAGUUCCCAUAACGUGGAAACGGUGGCAGUGGAGGUUCAUGAGCAGGAGCCGCAACGGGCCAAGUCAAGUGCCCUGCCAACCACGCCUGCUCCUUGCCAAACACAGCGAAAACGGAAGCGUUCAGGCUCAAAGGAGCGCAGUGAAAAAAGGAGAAAACGUCUUGAAGAAACCAUACAUUAUUUGGCUCAACAAGUGGCUCGCGUAAAGUUAAUUAAUUCAAUACAACAUUUUGAUACUGAAGAUUGGAACAACGUACGCUAUGCAGAAGUGCAAAAGCAGUACUGUUCUGCUCCGGGUUUUACAUAUUUAGACACUAAUGAAGAAAUCAAAUCAUAUGAUAAAUAUUCAUCUCUUGCGCUUAUUGAGCGGGGUUUCGCUGCCAUUACACAGGCUCUUAUUAUGCAAAAUGAAGCCGCACAGAGCGCUUUUACAGCUUUAAUUGAGUGGGCAAGUUUCUCAGGUAAUAAUAUCACUGCUAAAUCACUGCAUGAAAAAGUGAAUGAAUUAUUUAUAAAAGGAAAUUUUCAAAAAAUUAGUAGCGAUGUUUUACAGUUAGCAUGUGGUCACAGAGCUGAAUUAGUACAACAAAGGCGUGAUAAUAUUUUGCGUUCAGUAAAAGAUAGUUUUUUGAAGUCAAGGUUACGUAAAAUCCCUCCCACUAGUGAGAAUCUUUUUAAUAAGGAAUCUUUCUCUACUGCUAUCGAAAAAUCUGGGGGUAUGUCUAAAGUUUUCUGGCCGCUCCGAGCGCCGACACAAAAUAAAGCUGCUGCGCAAGCACAGCCCCAUCAGCAGACUCAGGUCACACCUAGUCAUGCAAUAAGAAUGCCUAGUGCAGUUAAUUGUUACUAUCCUCAAUUUGAUUAUAUAAAUAGGCCACCUUUCCAAGGUGCCUGGAAUACUUUUAAUGUUAAUAGUCAAGGACGAGAAUACGUCCGCCCUACCUUUAGAUCAAAUCAGCUGCAACAAUUAAGGCCCUUUCGUCAAAGGCCAGGAUCACAAAAUUUUCAAAAUUCAGAGAUGUACUCAAACGCAGGUAGGGGAUCAAAUAAACAAUCUGUUCAGUCAGGAUCACGUCGAUCAAAAAGAAAAUAU